CAAAAGUCUCAGACAACAUUAACAAUAAGACAAUCACUAGUGGGUAAUCUUUGGAACUGUUAACAUGUGUCGAGCAUUAGAGCAUCUGCCAAUCACGUGUCUGGAAAGGGCAAAGGAGCUAAAGGCUCGGUUUGGAAGUUUUUUGAAGCAAGAGCUCAAUACCAUGGGCCACUCUCAAAAAACGGACAAACUAACUUUAGAGGACAGGAAAAAAUGGAGCCUGUCUUUCCAUGAACUCCUGGCUUGCAAAGAGGGACUGUCUGUUUUUAGAGCGUUUCUGUCAUCUGAGUACAGUGAAGAAAAUAUAACUUUCUAUCUGGCCUGUGAGGACUUCAAGAUCACAAAGAAUUCCUCCAAGCUCUGCUCCAAAGCCAAAAAAAUCUAUGAGGAAUUCAUCUGCUGUGACGCACCGAGAGAGGUUAAUCUUGAUCAUGAAACUAGAAGUAUCACCCUGAAGAAUAUGGAGCACCCCACCCUCUCCUCCUUCAACUUGGCCCAGAGCAAAAUUUACACCCUCAUGGAGAAAGAUUGCUACCCUCGUUUCUUAAAGUCAACAGUCUACCAGGAACUCAUCACACAACACGUGGGCUAAAUGACCCAUGGCUGUAGUGAGCAAGACUCUGGGGACAGCAACAAUGGAAUGUGUCAUAGACGAACACACUAUUUGUGUGAUGUUGAAUGAAUCUGAACCUGUUUCAUGGGUUCAGGAUGACUUAUGGUGCAGACACAGACUCAGAGACUAGGCUGGAAGGAUAACUUGGAGAUAACUGAUUUUAUGAAUGCAGUACUGGAGCAGACAGAUUAAGUUAAGAACACUGGAGAGCUACUGUGAAAGUGGGAUGACUUUUGCACUUUUAUGUAUAAUUGUUUCUCUCUUUUUUCUUUUUUGUAAUGCAUAUUUAUUGAAGAGUUAUAUUUAUAUUAGUAUUAUUUAUAUUUGAAGAACAAUUGUGUGUUAUUUAUUUAACUUUUAUUGUGGGAAAGGG